AUGGAAAGGAUGCAGUUAUUUCUGGUAUCAAUGGAUGACGAAGAAUCUCGCACACUCUUUAUGCAGCGAAUGCUAGCGCUCAUUGUACUGAAAGUGAUGAGCAAAAGGCGCAUCUUGCCACCAUCGGCCUUUCGGGAUACUGUCAUUGAUGGUUGGCCAUCCUUUCGGGUGGAGUGUCCAAUGCUUUCGUACAAAGUGGAUGUCUGCGAAGCGCUUGACUUCUCAAUUACCGGCGCAAAUCAUGCACUCGCUAAGCAUUAUCUUCGAGAUCUGCGUAUUUUGAUGAGUGAAGCAGAAGAGGCUGACGAAGUGAUCGAAAUGUAUGAAAUAACGUUCACUUAUGCAGAUGGUGGUAGACUGGGUGUUCGUAGUCUUUUGGAUAUUACGUUGGAAUCCUUGUUGCCGUUGCCGGAAGAAGUUCGCCCCUACUUCAGGCUCACUUUUUACGAAGACACUCCGGCACAAUACUAUCCAAUGGGAUAUAAUUCGGUGACUGCUCCAUAUCAUUUCAAGCAGGCAGACUUUCCACAGAAAUCUUCAUCUCUCAUUUUCAACACGAAUUUCUUGAGUUGCUCAGUGCGCAUCACUUCGCUGUUUUUUUCGGAUGCAGCGGAAGAACGUGGUCAGGACGGUUCAGUCGAGGAGGUGGAGCGCACUGUGGAGCAGCCUGGCGAAUUGCAGUUAAAGGAGCGGGCAGCCGAUGAAGUCCCAGAGACACCGCGUCCGAAAAGAAAGAGGAGGUGCGCUUUUACUCAUGCAUUAUUUGAGAUUGUUUUCAACAAUGAUCUGACAGUAAGAAAUCUUCUCUGUUUGCAUUAA